CGCGGGCUCGCGGGUCCGCGCCCCGGUCCUGUCCGCAUGGAGCUGCGGGCCUCCGCGUCCUGGGCUCGCCCUCAGGAAGGCCCCGCGGACGCCGAGGCCGAGCGGCCGGGGGCCGGCCGCCCCGUUCCUGCGCUGCCUCUGCCUGGUGGGCUUCCUGGACUUGUUUGGUGUCAGCAUGGUGGUGCCUCUAUUGGGCCUUCACGUCAAGUCUCUUGGAGCGAGUCCCACUGUGGCUGGGAUAGCAGGCUCCUCCUAUGGCAUCUUGCAGCUCUUGUCUAGCACCCCCGUGGGCUGCUGGAGUGAUGUGAUUGGACGACGGUUCUCCUUGCUGGUGUGCAUUCUCUGCAGUGCCCUGGGUUACCUCAUUCUUGGAGUAUCCACCAACAUGUUCCUGUUUGUCCUCGCCAGAGUCUCUGUGGGUAUUUUUAAACAUACCCUCUCCAUUUCAAGGGCCAUGCUUUCUGACCUGGUUCCAGAGAAGGAGCGACCAUUAGCCAUUGGACAGUUAAACACAGCGUCUAGUGUGGGCUUCAUCUUGGGCCCCGUGGUCGGUGGCUAUCUUAGUGAACUGGACGGUGGAUUUUGUCUAACGUGCUUCAUCUGUUUCUCUGUCUUCAUUCUCAAUGCUGGUCUCGUGUGGCUGUGUCCAUGGAGUGAAGCCAGCAUCCGGAGCACAAGGAGCGGCCUGAGGCUGGGGGAAAGCCGUGCCCCUUCAGGGAAGACGGGCCGUGCUGGACCAGAAGCCAGCCCAGGGCCCGGCCUGGAGGGUGAGGAGGGCGCAGGGGCCCGAGGGCCCUGGGCGGAGGGCGCGGCCGCGCUGCAGCGCCUGCGGAGCCUGGUGACCUCGGAGAUGGGGGACGUGCUCCUGGUGCGCCUGCUGAUGGCGCUGGCCGUCAUGCUGUACCACAGCAACUUCGUCCUGGCCCUGGAGGAGCGCUUCGGGGUGCGGCCCAAGGUGACGGGCCACCUCAUCAGCAGCUGCAGCGCCCUGGGGGCCCUGGCCGGCCUGGCCCUGGGGCCGCUCCUGCGGCUGUACCGGCACGACUGCCCGCGGCUGCUGCUGCACUCCAGCGCGCUCACCUGCCUGCUGCUGCUGCUCUUCGCCACCGCUCCCACUGCGGGCGCCGCCGCGGUCCCCGCCCUGCUGCUGGCCUUCUCCACGGCCGUGGGCAGGACGUGCAUCACGGACCUCCAGCUGGCCGCCGGCGGGGCCCGGGCCGGGGGCGCCCUCAUAGGCCUGGGGCAGUCCGUGACGGCCGUGGGCCGGGUGGUGGCCCCCCUCCUCUCCGGAGUCGCCCAGGAGUUCAGUCCUUGUGGCCCCCCCAGCCUGGGGGCCGCGUUGGCGCUGGCGGCUGUUUCCGUAAUGCUGCUGCACAGACCUCGCUAUGGCGGGGACGGCAGCGGCCGGUUAAAAAGUGAAUAGAAGCAUUUGGACAGCCGGCGAACCCGACCCGAGGUGGGAUGGGGACAGAGGCCAGGCCGGAGGGUGCAUUGGGAAGGAGGGGUGAGUGGUGAAAAGAUAUUUCCAGGCGGGCUCCUCCAGGCCAGCCUCCGGCUUCCGCCGCCCAGGCCUGUGGAUGAUCAGAGUCCAUCGGGAGAGGAGAGCGGGGAGGGGACAGGAAGCUGUGCGGGAAGGCAGGGGCCCGGCUCCCUCCUCAAUAAAAGCAGACUGCGGGCAGUUGGGACCGUGCCUGUCCACUGAGCGAAGAGGGCUUUUCCACUGCCGGCCCCUGGACAUGGAAGGAGUUGCUGAAAGCCGGUCUGCCACGUCCUCAAGUCAGAACAGGGUCGUGGGUGCUGGUUCCACCCGGGACCCGCUUCAGAGUCAGAGGCCAGCCUCGGCCCUGGAGACUGACCGCGGCCCCGGUGAGGCCAGACCUCGUCGCAUUCCGGAAGUACCGAGUGCAGUUCCUCGUGGAGGCAGAGAAAGGAGCUCUGAGACGGGCUGGUUUUGAUGAGAGGAAAACACUUUACUAGGGGCCAUCUCUCCUCUUAUUGGACUGGACCUCCCCAGCGGGGCACUGAGCCCUGACACUGGUCAGAAUCAGUGGCAGGCGUCACGCCUUGUCGGGGGACUUAGUUCUUCAUUGCCUGGUGUGGAAGGUCAUUUCCUUUAUUUUGCUGUCACACCUGUGAACGGAAGAGCUGUUUUUCUCCAUGGACACGGGUUGGUGAGCCUCUUCCAGGGCCUAGACGGCUGCCAUUCCAAGAUCAGUGCCCAAGGGGCGAGGGCCCGGGGCUCGCAUGGCUCGGAGGAAGGCACUGUGGGCACCGACUGCUUGGGCCACAGCGGUCACUAAUGACAUCAUGUAGGU